AUGAUGAUCGGAGAAAUGAACCGUCUAACUCAGACCGUCAAUGUUCCUCCAUGGUCCUUAACAUCAGAGAAUCCCACCUUCCCUUUGAGCCCUAAGGCAAAUGCUAAUGGCGGAAUCGAUGAUUACUCCGUUUUCUUCCAGAACGACUCUUUAUCGGCGUUGAAGCCUUAUUUACAGUGCUGCACAACCGAUUUCACGGCUGAUUUUCUGGAGAUGGAGAACUGGAACGGGGAUUUUCCGGUGGACGCUCACUCAUGCGAUAAUUUCAGAAUGUUCGAGUUCAAGGUGAGGAAGUGCGCGCGUGGCCGGUCGCAUGACUGGACGGAGUGUCCGUAUGCACAUCCUGGUGAGAAAGCUCGACGCCGUGACCCGAGGAAGUUUCACUAUUCUGGCACGGCUUGUCCGGAGUUUCGUAAAGGGAGCUGUAGAAAGGGUGACGGAUGUGAGUUCGCACAUGGCGUAUUCGAGUGCUGGCUUCACCCGGCGCGCUAUCGUACGCAGCCAUGCAAAGAUGGGAUGAACUGUAAGAGAAGAGUUUGUUUCUUUGCCCACUCAUCUGACCAGUUACGAGUUCUGAGCCCUCAGGCCGAGUCGUACGACGGCGGGUCCCCACACAGAUUAGCUUUUAUGUCGUCUUCGGAUUCUGGGUCCCCGACGACCGAGUCGCCGCCGAUGUCUCCGAUGGCUAACUCGGCAAACAAGCUAAGUCGGUCUCUGGGUUCUGGAUCCAUCAAUGACAUGGUGGCUUCUCUACGCAAGCUGCAGUUGAAUCAAGUGAAGUCCAUGCCAUCUCCUUGGAAUCGGCAAGUGGGUGGUUCUUCAGGACUAGGUUCACUCUCUUUCCCAAUGAGUCGACCCGGGCACUUUAGCCUGCCCACGACUCCGACUCAAGCCGUUUCUCGACCAGGGAUCGGGUAUUUCGAUGCCUGGAAUGAGAACGAGGAGUCUGAAGAACCAAUAAUGGAGAGAGUCGAAUCGGGGAGGGACUUGAGGGCGAAGAUGUUCGAGAAAUUGAGCAAGGAGAAUCCUCUGGACCGAGAUGUUCAGAACCCGAAUCCUAAUGGGUCUGAUGCCCCAAACCCGGAUGUGGAUUGGAUCUCGGAGCUGGUAAAAUAG